AGCCGUCCCCUCUGUGUCCUGCAGGAGGCGCUGCGCUGUGUAAAGAUGGCCGCCGUGGCUUCCUACGACCAGCUGGCCCACCAGGUGGAGGCGCUCCGCAAGGAGAACUCACACCUGAGGAGAGAGCUGGAGGACAACUCCCAGCACCUGUCCAAACUGGAGACAGAGACCUCCGGCAUGAAGGAGGUGUUGAAGCAGCUGCAGAGUAAACUGGAGCAGGAGGCGGGAACUCUGGCCUCGUCGGGACGGAGCGACGUGCUGCACCAACUCAAAGAGCUCCACAUGGACCUGACUAACUACUAUGAGCUGAAGCAUCAGCCUCACAACCUGCGGCUGCUGGCGGACAGCCUGGGGGGGGCGGAGCCUCCCAGCAGAGCGCCGUCCCGUCUGAGCACGGCGUCCGGGGCCGAGGCCGCUGCCGCCAUGAUGCCGCAUCACUUCCUGGACGGAGCGCCGCCUAAAACAGCUGUGAUCAGCGGAGCGGACGGACGGAUGAGCGACCAUCACCAAGAGGAACUGUACAAGGAGAGGAACCUGCUGCUCGGGGAGAUCGACCGCGAGGAGAGGGAGCGCUGCUGGUACUUCAGCCAGCUGGAGGCGCUGUCACAGAGACUGGCUCAACUUCCUCGCAUUGACACGUUUUCUCUGCAGAUGGAUCUGAUCCGGCAGCAGCUGGAGUUCGAGGCGCAGCAGGUCCGAUCCGUGAUGGAGGAACGCUUCGGCACCAGCGACGAGAUGGUUCAGAGAACGCAGGUGAGAGCGAGGCGGCUGAUUGGUUCAGAGGACGCAGGUGAGAGCGAGGCGGCUGAUUGGUUCAGAGGACGCAGGAGAGAGCGAGGCGGCUGA